UAUGUAUUAUGUUAGCGCCUUUAUUUCAUAAUUCCGCGCAAUUUAACAAAGAAGUUGUUUUGAGUGGGUAAUUUUUGGCGGGCUCAUCCAUUCUUUUAAAUAGCUGACACUGGACCGCGGUUUUAUCAGUUUGUUUUAUACUCCUGUGUUAUUCACUUCACUUUCACAAGUUUCGUUUUCAUUUAUUUUAAUUGUUCUUAUUCUUUUACUUUUGAUUUUAACGAUUUUUAAUAUGGCUCCUACUGCUGUUGUUGCUGUUGCCACUUCACCUAUUCACAAAUCACCUCUUCAUAAUAUUCGAAGUUCUAUCCGACGUGACAGAAUGGUUUUAAGAUUCAAAAAAUUGACCAAAGAGGCAACCAAACCUUCUAAGGCUAGUGAACUAAGUGCUGGUUACGAUUUAUUCAGUGCCUACGAUACGGUUGUUCCCGCCAAAGGAAAAGCUCUUGUUAAAACUGAUUUACAACUUCAAAUUCCUGCUGGCUGUUACGGAAGAAUCGCGCCACGAUCCGGAUUAGCUCUCAAACAUUCUAUCGAUGUAGGAGCUGGUGUUGUCGACGCAGAUUAUCGAGGAAAUGUUGGAGUUAUCUUAUUCAAUUUUGGAGACGAAGAGUUUCAAGUAAACAAAGGAGACAGAAUCGCUCAACUUAUCUGCGAAAGAAUCGCAUAUCCAGAGCUUGAAGAAGCAGCCGAAAAUGAAGACCUGGAAGCUACAACUCGAGGAGCUAAUGGGUUCGGAUCGUCAGGAAUGAACUAAUCGAAUAGUUUAACUGAAAACUACUUAUAUUUUAAAUGUGUUUCACUUGCAUUUCCAAAUGAUGCAACCAUCUAAUGUUUUAGCAUUUCUCUUUCCAAAAGUGUUCGUGUUUGUUUAAGUUUGUCAUGAACUGAAUGAUCAUAGAUCAUAAUCAAAGAUAAUAGAGUCUAGAAUAAAAAAGGGCAAUGAUCAAAAUCUAGUUUCGAGAGAGUUAAUUAAAUCAUGUUAAAUCAGCAUAAUUUAAUGAUCUCUCUUUUAUAACUCAAUAGAUGGUGUGGAUCAUUGUUCAUUUUGAAUCUAAACUUUAACAUCUUUGACCUAUGGACUUGUUCAGUCUUCAGCAUUUAUGAAAAACUUAAACAUACAAUUUAAAUUGCAUCAAUUUGAAAUAAUAUCGAUUCUGUUAUUGACAAUAUUAAAGUACUGUAUUUCAUUUUAAA